GAGGAAGCUGGUAAUGAUGAUGUUUUCUAAUGCCAGACAUGGGGAUAUUAUUCUACCAAGUUCGAUGAAUUUGCCUCGGCUGAAAGUAUUGUCCAUUAGUGGAUUAUCAAUUUCUAAUGUAGAAUCAUUUAAAAGACUUUUUUUCUAAUUGCCCAGUUCUUGAAACGUUGGCCAUACAGAAUUGUGAUGUACAAACUUAUAAUGGAAGGAAGUUGAUUGUUGAUUCAGUCAACCUAAAGAAAUUUGCAUACACUUUUUGGUGUAGACGUCGUUACCCACAAAAUGGGGCUAAGGAGAACAUUAUCAAGUUAUGUGCUCCAAAUCUGAAAGACUUCUUUUGCGCACUUUCAUUGACACAAGACUGCUCUUUAGAAAUCUGUUUUCCACUCUCCAGGGUAAGUUUUUACAUGAUACUCGAAAAUAUAAAAGAUGAGAAUGCAGAAACGUAUUCGAAACUUCCUUUAGGAGAAAAAGAAGUUCAUGCUAAACGUGUGAUGAAAUUUCUGAAAGCGGUUUACAUGGUGAGAGAAAUGAGAUUAUUAUCACCUGGAUUCCUUGAGGUUCUCUCGGGAGCACCUGACUUGGUAGACUGUCAACCACCUCGCUUAUGUAGUCUAAAAUAUUUGACCCUGGCAAUGUGGUCUACAAGAGGUUGCAUCCGGGCUAUUGUAUACUUACUCAGCAUUUCUCCUAACAUAACUAAAGUGUUCCUUAAAGCCAAGGAGUCAUGUUUAGCAGACGUUGGUGAUGAAUGGGAAACAGGCCUGUCAUUUCCAGGAAUGUUGUCUCACCUCGAGUAUGUCCAGAUUGAAGUGGAAGGAUGUGAUGCUGAACUCAAAUUUCUAUGUUUUUUGUUGAAAAGGGCAAAGGUUUUAAAGAAAGUUGUUCUUUACUUUCGUUCUAGUGUUGGCUCGCCUGAUCAUGGAGUGACACAAGUUGAGCAAUUUAUGGAUACGCUAAGAUUAGUUCCUACAGCUUCUUCAUGUAUUCAAGUGGUGUUUAAAACUUAGCAGGUGAUAUUUGUAGCUUUACUAGAGAAUUAGAGCAAUCUGUUAGGAAUCCACACAAAGUGGUUUAUCAAUUGGCCAAAUGUAAUCUGUAAGCAACAAUUUUAACAGCAUUUCCUGUUCUAUGACCA